GUUUUUAUAUGCUAAAAUGUUUCUCUCCCCACUCACUGUGCUUGAUUUUCAGGGUCACUCGCGAUUUUGAUUUGCGUUUCGUGUUCUCUGUUUAAACAUGCCGAUAUACGACUACGAAGGAUAUGUAGAUAAUGAUGAGGUUGAGUCAAAUGCAGAUGUCGCUAUUGAUCCAGCAUGGGAACUACAGCAGAAAAAGACCUUCACCGCAUGGUGUAAUGCUCAUUUAAGAAAUGUUAAUGAGCAGAUCGACGUAAUCGAAAAUGAUUUCAGAGAUGGUCUUAAAUUAAUGAAGCUCCUUGAAGUAAUUUCAGGCGAACGGUUGCCGAAACCAGAUAGGGGGAAAAUGCGUUUCCAUAAAAUUGCAAACGUUAAUAAAGCUCUUGAUUUCAUUGAGAGCAAAGGGGUAAAGUUGGUUUCCAUUGGAGCUGAAGAAAUUGUCGACGGUAACGUUAAAAUGACUCUUGGCAUGAUUUGGACAAUCAUUCUUCGCUUUGCCAUACAAGAUAUUCAGAUCGAAGAUUCCUCUGCAAAGGAGGGUUUGCUCCUGUGGUGUAAAAGGCAAACUGCACCAUACAAAAAUGUUCGCGUUGAAAACUUCCAUACAAGCUUCAAAGAUGGCUUGGCAUUUUGUGCAAUUAUACAUAGAAAUCGUCCACAACUAAUUGACUACUACCAACUUGAUUCGAGUGAUCCUUUGAAAAAUCUAAACCUUGCGUUUGAUGUUGCUGAAAAACACCUUGAUAUUCCUAAAAUGCUUGAUUCUGAAGAUAUGGUAAUCAGUAGGAAAUGUGAUGAACGUUCUGUUAUGGCGUAUCUGUCUUCAUAUUACCAUGCAUUCUCAGGUUCCCACAAGACAAAUAUUGCAGCCACUAGGAUUGCUAAUAAUCUGCGGAUGAUCCGUGAGAACAACAGUUUAAUAGACUGCUAUGAAACCAUUUCCAGCAAUUUGUUAACGUGGAUACAAAUGAAACUCGAAGAAUUUGGACAUCGUGAUCCUCAGAAAUCCGUUUCCGCCGUCGAAGGGUUGCAGCAAAAGUUCCGACUGUACUGCCGCCAGGAAAAGCCAUCCAAGUUACAAGAAAAAGCUCGCCUUGAAACAACGUAUAAUACACUUCAAACUCGCCUACGCUUAAAUAAUAAGUCUCCAUAUGUACCGGCUGCUGGACGCCUAAUAACAGAUGUUGCCAAGAAUUGGAGUUCUCUAGAACAAGCUGAUAAAGUCUAUGAGGAAUGGCUGCUGGAAGAGUUACAAAGGCUAGAACGUCUUGAGUAUUUAGCAAAAAAGUUCGAAGUAAAAUGUUCUACUCACGAGGCAUGGACAAAUGGAAAGCCAGAAGCACUUGCUUCAAAUGAUUUUCGUUCAGCUACCUUAGCAGAAAUGCGCGCAUUCCAGAAAAAACACGAAGCUUUCCAGUCGGAUAUGACUGCUCAUCACGCUCGCAUAGAGCGCAUACAAGCGUUGUCUGAAGAAUUGAAUAAACUCAAUCAUUUCAACAUGCAAGCUUUCAAUCAACGUUACAAAUCUAUUGUAACUACUUGGGAUGAGAUGAAAAAGCUGUCUGCUCAAAGGGAACGAGAAAUAUCUAAAGCUUUGACUGCUUUAGAGGAAAUUGAUCAACUUCAUCUAGAUUUUGCAAAACGAGCAGCGCCUUUCAACAACUGGAUGGAACAGACGGAAGAGGAUUUACGUGAUACAUUCAUUGUUCACACAAUGCCUGAAGUGGAGCGAUUAAUUGCAGCUCAUCAAACUUUUGAAAGUACUCUGGAUGAAGCUGAAAGUGAAAGUCGCCAACUUCAACUAUGCGCACAAAAAGUUGAACAAAUAGCUGAAGAGUAUAAAUUAGUGAAUGCUAACCAAAAUCCCUACACAAACAUCAAGCCUCAUGAACUUCCACAACGUUGGAAUAUGAUUCGAGAAUUAACACAGAAACGAAGUGCUUUGUUGCAUAGUGAACGCGAACGUCAAUUGGCCAAUGAUAAAUUACGACGUGAAUUCGCUCAAAAAGCUGAAGCAUUCAACUCAUCCAUUGAAACUCAUCGUGCUGAGAUAGUUAAAGUUGGCAUGGAAUCACGUGGAGCAUUAGAAGAUCAACGGAAUUAUUUACAAAAACUAGAAGCUGAAUUAAAUAAGCAUCAGAAUAAAUUGAAUGAAUUGGAGCAUGUUAACCAGGCAUUAGAGGAUGCUUUUGUAUUCGAAAACCCGUAUACCGUUUAUUCAAUGCCAACAUUACGUGUUGCAUGGGAACAGCUAUUCACCUUAUUACAUUAUUCAGUUAAUGAAAUUGACAAUCAAAUAUUAACUAGAGAUUCAAAAGGAUUAACAGCGGAACAAAUGAAUGAUUUGCGUACAUGCUUUAAACAUUUCGAUAAAAAUAAUACUGGACGCUUAGAGCCAAAUGAAUUCAAGGCUUGCCUUGUUUCAUUGGGUUAUAAUUUCAGAGAUGAUAUUAAAAAUUCUGUGCCUAAUUUGACAUCUGGAUCCCGUGGGUCUGUAUGCGCGGAAACUGAUUUCUCACGUAUCAUAAAUGAAGUUGAUCCCGGCCAUACAGGUUAUAUAUCAUUUGAUGCCUUCUUAAACUUCAUGACACGGGAUAACGUGGAUGAGGCAACUGAAGAACAACUUAUUCAGUCAUUUAAAACAAUGGGAGGAGAUAAGGGUUAUAUCACUGCUCAGGAUAUCAAAGAACGUCUUUCUGCCGAUGAUGCAGAAUAUUGUCUUGCGCAUAUGACUGCAAUGAAUGGACCAAUGGGUGAUUCUGGUGCAUUGGAUUAUGAACGUUUCGCCUAUAGUAUAUGUGGUCGAAAUCCAAUAUAAUAGUGAUGAUAAAUAUGUUUGUUUUUGAAAUUGUUUCUCUUUUUUUGUUCUUUAAAUUGAUUAUUUGUCCUACCGCUUUGUCUCUCUCACACAUCCAUUCAUUCCUUCAUCUUUUCAAUCCUCAUUUUUGUGUAUUUGCUUUUUCUGGAGAAAAAUGCAUGUUUCUUUUUGUUUGGUUUACAUGUCUUCAUAUACAUAUAUUUGUAAUCCUAUAUAAUAUUGAACAUAGAGCACUGAUGUAUCCUCAAGUUCCUGUUUCUUAUUUCACCCUUUGAGGCUAUUCUAUAAUUAUUAUUGCAAACUAUAAAUCUGUUUGCAUCUACCUUCCAUUGUGUAUUCCUGGAGAUGGUUUAAUAAAUGAACUUAUAAACUUAUGUGAACAUCUAGAUGAUUUUCAGGUGAAAAAGAAAAGAACUAUAUAAUGCUCAAUUAAUUGAUUGAUUGGAAUGCUGCUUAUGAGUGUCCAUCGACCGAAUGGAUGGUCAGUUGGUUAUACUUUACACCAGUUUUCUUUUAUAUAUAUAUAUAUAUAUAUAUAUAUAUAUAUAUAUAUAUAUAUAUAUAUAUAUAUACAUGUAAUAUCCUUGUAUACUCAUCUACUUUGUACUACAUUGUAUUAUUGGCAUAGAAUAUGUACGCAACAAUCUGGUUAUACAACUCUGAAGUUGUAUGUUCCCAGUUAUCUUUCCUAAUUAUCUGCGUAUAUAUAUACGUACUCUGGUACCCACUAAUGAGAUCUAUAUCUAUUGCCUCUCUGUUUUCUCUGAACAAGUAACACACUGCUCCCAUAUAAUUUCCUUAUUUUCUUCAUCGUCAGGAGGUGGUACUUUCUUUUGGUUUUAGCCACGUCAUUUCUUCACUCCUUUUGUGUUCAAAUACGUUUUAUGUGCUACCGCUGCCUUAUCUAACGAUAAUAGUGUUCAUCUGUUGUUUUGCUUAUUGUCUCGUUUGAGUUGCUGUUUUUUUGAAGGGAGAUUAUACACAAGCCUUUGUCUUCUCAUUAAAUACCAUUUGGAAGGAGAGAUUGUUUUACAACUGUAAAAUAAGUAUAGGAUAAAUUAAAUAUCUCAUAUAUUCCUCACUUUUAUAUAUUGGGGAAGGAAUUGCUCACUUACUAAUACUACUACUUAUUGCCAGGGUUACUAGCUGCCUGUAACUCUACUUCAUUCCUGUCAUUUUGUGUGUGUGUGUUAUUUUGUCUCGUUUUUUAUUUAUUUUGGAUAUUAUCUAACCUUUUUUAAUAAGAAAAAAGGCUAUUUUGAGAUUACCAGUGGCGCUUACUUAGCUCCAUAUUUGAUAUCUUCCAUGUUAUACGUGAUGGCUCUUUUUCUCUCCUUGUCUAGUCUGAUAUUUUGUUUGCUGCGAUUGUCUCGCUGCCUUCCUCACUUCCCACACAAAAGUCUCUCUCUCCCUCAGCUUGUUUAUUUUGUCUGGCUUAAUCUCUCUUUUCCUCUCACACUCUGAAUUACAUUUUUACAAAUGAGUAAAAAGACUAAAAAGAAGGACACUACAGUGGCAUAUUUGCAUCCAUCAUAUCCUGAGUUGUAAUGUUGUUGUUGUUUUUAGCCACCGUUUUUUAUUUAAUCGUUAUACCAUAUCGAUAUAAAUUGAAAUAAAAUAAAUCUUGUUUUUUUAGAA